AUGGCAGUGGACACCUGGGGCGCGCACGGCAGAAGACAAGUCGACGAUGGCUUUUUCAACACUGGCCUGCAUUUGCAGGAGGUAAGUCCCCUUGCAGUUCGAGCCUGGCUGGCCUUUCAAGUGCUUUCACUCAUCUUGCAGUGGCAGUUCUGGCAGGAGGUAAGCACGAAUCUUAGUUUGUUUGACGAAGCCUUGGCCGUGCACUGCUCGCCUGGUGCUUCCAAACACGGUGUCUGCAUCGGUCCCAUUUGGAACGUGUCCGCAUGGCACGAGUUUGUCCUGCACGGCAAGCCCUCAAGGGUGUGGCACACAGACUUGGUUCCUACAGCGCGCAUGAGACUGCAUAGUCAUUCCGUCGACUCCAUCUCAGCCAUCGAUGCGGAAAUUACCGAGCUAGAGCAGGAGACAGCCUCACGCAUCAAGCAACUGCGCGAGCGACGGGCUGAGCUGCAGGUUCUACAGGGCUUGAUGCCGGCGGGUCUCAAUCAGUCGGUAACUGGCAGAGCCUUCAAUUCCACGUAUGUCUUUGAAUUUGAGACUCGCUCCUCUCCUCCGGUAUUUCUGCUUGCGUUGAAUCCCAUUACACGGUCGCACCGCGUGGGGGAAGCGCCGCCCACUGUCAAUCCAGGGAGCGAUCUGGAGAGCAGUGACGUGUGGUCAUGGUCAUUGCAAGUCCGAAGACUAGAACCCGUGCAGGCAACUGCAGACUACCACCGCUUUGGUGCUGGUGAGAAGGUGCUCACCAUCGAGGACCAGUCCUCCGAAGCCACCACAUCUAUGCGGCAGCGUGGGUAUGUUCGCUGGGAGGCGAUGGUGCAGAACAUGGACUUGACUGCCAAGCAGACCCGCUUUCUGGUGUUUGUUGAAGACUUUCAAGCACAACAUUUGGAUGCGAUAUAUGCCAACUCCCAAUGCUCUUUGACAAAAGCAUGGAAGGCCUUCAACAAGCAGCACCAAGGGCAUCACCACCGGGCAUUGGUAUUGUGUAGAACAAUGCUGGGAUAUCUUCUGCCGCUUGGCAUGCUUGCCACACUUGCUGCUUGA